CGUUUGUGUUGACAACAGUUUUCAUGCCCAAAACCUGUCUUGUCGUAUUCUAUUUGUUGUUUGUUUUGUUGUAUUAUAUUUAGCAAUAGUAGGAUAUUCAUUUAAGAGACAUGGCAGAAGGUGCGGAAGUCAAGAAAGAGGAGGCCCAGGCUGAUUCUGGAAGACGUAUACACACAUAUCCUCUAAUUCGGCAUUCCGACAUGAAUGAAGAAAUGCGAACGGAAUCUAUGGAGCUCUGUGUCACUGCCUGCGAAAAGUUUGCAAACAAUAAUGAGAAUGCGGCAAAGAUGAUAAAGGAGGCGAUGGAUAAGCGUUUUGGAGCUUCGUGGCACGUCAUCGUUGGCGAGGGUUAUGGAUUCGAGGUCACGCACGAGGUGAAGAACCUACUCUACAUGUUCUUCGGUGGAAACAUGGGCAUCUGCGUGUGGAAGUGUGCAUGAUGCGACCCUGACUUUGACUCUUGUCGUCUCCUGUAGUGGACGGCUGCAUUUUUUAUUUUGCACACUUAUCUCCACGGUGAAUAAAAGAGUCUUGUGUGGUGGUUAUCUGGAACAAGCUGUUAGUGAUGACAGAACUGACAGACAAACCACUAUUUCCAGAGAAUUCCCCAUGGGGUGUAAGAAUAUCGCAAUACCAAUACUUCCAUCCUCCAUAAACGUAUUGCUGUUCAUUUUUGUCAUGUGGCAACGCUGUAAUCUGAAAUGUGUAAUAUUAUUGCUGUACAUCGAAACAUGUCAAAGUAGGUUGCGAAACAACAGAUUUUACGCAACUCAUUUUUUGUAUAAAAGAAUCUUAUGUGUACAUACUUUUUAAGCAACGAGCGUAUAGUCGAGGCUAUGUUGAUCUAUGUUAUGAGUUAAAAGUGUGGAACUAUAUUGGUUUCUGCAUAGAAUUUGUCUGGUCUAUCAUAUAAUGUACAAUACAUUCCAUUAUUUGUUUUACCACGUUUUAUAAUGUGUUGUUUAUAGCAGUGUUUUACUUGUGACAUGCUGUUUUUAGCUUAGUGUGCGAGCUGGCCAAUUCUAUAGCAUGUUUUCUCUCUUUGCUGCUGCUAACUUGUUAGUCGGUGUGACUGAGAUGUGGUCAGGUAAUGCAUUUAUCGGGUGGGAUAUCAGGUUAAUUGUUAAUUUUGCAGAGAGAAAAAAAAAAACGUCGCACGCACUUCACGACGUAAAUUUUUUCCGCUGCAUGCCAUUGUUAGUGGAAAAAAGAAUCGAGUGAGAAGUGGAAGAGUGGUGUUUAUGGACAUGGUUCACAUUACCAGUUGAACUAUGAGCUGAGAAAACGGGAUGUGUUGAUUCUAGGAUGAACGUAAUAAACACAAGCUGUGAACUCUUCUCAA